UGCUCGUUUCAUGUUUAUUUCUGCUACGGUGCUCAGCUGUUCUGCUUCCUUUCAAGACGCACUUGCUCCUCUUUUAGAAAAUAAGCCUCGUCUAAUAAGGUAUUGUGAUAACAAAUGGCGUGCAAAUAAGUGUGACGCAUCCUUCAUAUUGGAAUACAGACUGUCAUAGUCAAUUGCAGAAGAGGACUGCUGUACGAUUUAUUUGGCGAUCGUCUUCAUUCAUUUGGUUUUCCUAUAUCAGACAAGUGUUCAGUUGACCAACUUCAGUGUUCAUGCCGGAUUUUGAGCAUUUCAGAUUUUCUUACUCCAGAAUGAAUCCAGUAUUGGGGGAGAAUGUGUAUUCGUUCCAGCAGAACCAGUUGACGGGUUUAUCGGACUCCGCGUCUUCGGCCCAUUGGACAGAUAGUGCGUAUGGCGCACCUGACGCGGGCCUGUUCUUUGGUGAACACACGGGUGGUAUCGGGCAAGACGGGGUGUUUGGGUUGGACCCGGGUGCUUUACCUCCUUCUGGAACACCGUAUUUACACCUGGGAAAUUAUCUGUACAAGGUGUCUCCAACUCCUCCUGCCGCCACGGCCCUGCGCAACGACCUGGGGUCCAAUAUAAGCGUCCUCAAGACUCUGAAUUUGCGUUUUCGCUGCUUUUUAGCCAAAGUGCACGAACUGGAACGCCGAAAUAAAGUGUUGGAAAAGCAAUUGCAACUGGCUCUGGAUGACAGGGAGGAGUGUGCGCAAAACAAACCUUUAACUCGAGAUGUCGGGGUUCAAACGUCAAAUUUCGUUGGAUUAAUUCCUAUGAAACCAGACGUAAUCCCUAUUCAGAACGCAAACGAUUUUACUGGUGGUUUGCUGUCGCCUAUUUUCAGUAACACCCUCCUGUCCCCGGGGUUCAAUAACAAAACAACAUUAGAAUACUUGAACCCCUCCAGUUAUACGGACUCCAAUUUUAAUCUCACCCCAAAUUUCCCCACUAGUCCGUCAUCACCCAUUGAUCCAGUACAGAAAAACAUCAGCAAUAUUAAUGGGAAAUAUGUCAACACUGGGACAAGCUGUACCAACAACCCUCCACCGAGGUUUCAUCCCGGGUCAAUCUGGUCUUAUAACAACUUUCAGAGGUUCGGUACCGGGCGUGAGUCGUGGCUAGCGGGUCCGGGUGUGUCAUCGUGGGUGCCUCCGGACGGAGUGGGUGUGCAGGUCGACACCAUCACCCCAGAGAUUCGGGCCCUGUACAAUGUGCUCGCUAAAGUUAAGAGGGAGAGAGACGAAUACAAACGAAGGUGGGAAGAAGAAUACACGAUGAGGGUGGAUCUACAGGAAAAAGUUGCUGAUCUUGAGGAGGACCUCCAGGAGAGCGAGGUGUGUCAGGAUGAGCUUGCUCUGAGGGUUAAGCAGCUUAAAGCAGAUCUUGUUCUUUUUAAAGGUCUCAUGAGCAAUAAUCACUCAGAUCUGGACAGUAAGAUCCAAGAGAAGGCCAUGAAAGUGGACAUGGAUAUCUGUCGCAGGAUCGACAUCACAGCCCGCCUGUGUGACGUGGCCCAGCAGCGGAACUGUGAAGAUAUGAUUCAAAUCUUCCAGCAAGUGGCCACACCUCCCUCAACCUUGACUCUCCGUCCUCGAAAACCAGCUGCACAGACAAUAAGAGGAAAUGAGAGCGAUGAUCCAGUGAGCAUCUCAGAAAGCGAGGAGAGCGUGAAUAAGGAGGCGGAGCUGUGUUGCUCAUCCACCAAUCAGAUCAAUGAGGAAAUGCAGAGAAUGCUCAACCAGUUACGUGAGUCUGAGUUUGAAGAUGACUGUGACAGUCUUGCGUGGGAGGAGACUGAGGAAACGCUGUUACUCUGGGAAGAAUUUCCGGGAUACACCUUUAGUGUUGAGAACCAAGGAGAGGUACAUCCGCCUUUAAAGCAAGAGGAAUCCAUAGAGAAGGUGAUAAAUGACACAGAGUGCCUUUUCAAGUCCCGCGAGAAGGAAUAUCAAGAAACCAUUGACCAAAUAGAGUUAGAGCUGGCAACGGCGAAGUCGGAUAUGAACAGGCAUUUGCACGAGUAUAUGGAGAUGUGUAGCAUGAAAAGAGGCCUGGAUGUGCAGAUGGAAACGUGCAGACGUUUAAUCACUCAAAGUGGAGACGGAAAAUCCCCUGGUCACGUUCCGGCCGGCAUGGAAGAUGUAGAGAAUUCAGAGAAGGACAGAAAAAAUACAUCUGCUUCAAAUCCUGACAACGCUGAACCAUAUUAUGACCUGCAGUCAAAUUCUGCUGUCCAGGACCAAACAUGGAAAAAGUCUUAAGAGCCUCUUUUUGUCUUUCUAGCACCACUUAGACCACCAGAGAGAUAUGAAUGCAGAAAACGGGUAAAUGUUACCUGAAAGGCAAGUCAUCUUGUUUGGUUUCAAUAGCGCCCUCUAUUGGAAUACACCAAAAUAUGCUUCAAAAAGAUGUGCAAUACAGUACGUAGGCAUGUCAUUACAAUUUAAUCAAAACUUGAGGGCUGCUCACAAUUAUAGGUAAUUUCUAGGUAAUUUUAUCAAAACACUUGUUUUUAACUGCUCUUGUUUCUAACCUUGGAUACUUAAAAUCAAGAGUAAGUUAUUAGUAAAUGAAUAAGCACUUAUGCAGCUUAUGCAACAGUUAACAAUAAUGCCAACAAUGAUAAUUGAUAUUUUAUGAUAUUUAUAUUCAUUGUCAAAAUGCAUCUGUGAACAGAAUUAUUUUGGGCGCAGCAGCUGAAACAAUUAACACUACAGCGGGGAAUUAACAUGAAGAGUGUGGCUAAGUUGCAGGUGUCUCAUUUCUCUGUUCAUUGAAUCUGUGUUGAAAUGUGUUGUGUAUAAACUGACUGCAUUUGUUUUUUGGUUAACUGUUUUUUGUAUUGUCAAUCUCUGUUCAUAGACUCAAUAGCUAUUCAGAUGCGCAAGUCAAACGCUUUUGCUAAAGUAAAUAUCAUUCGAUUGACUUUGAGAAGGACAGGGAUUGCAUGAACAGUUCAGAAUGGUAAUUGUUAAUGUGCAUUUGGCUUAAAACACAGCCAAAAUGGCAAGUGGAGUCAGUGUUAUACAACAAAAAACACUGGCUGAUAACGCCAAAAAGGUCAAUGUGCAGUAGGUCAUUAUGCAUUUAUGGAUGUGUGAUGAUUGUACAUGAGACGUUCUGCUGAGAGCAAUACAUUCACUCUACAUUCUUAAAAGAAAGGUUCUUUUUGUUGGCCUAUAUGGGUCCAUAAAUAACCUUUACAUCUACAUAAUUAGCCUACUUUUUGCAAUAAUAAAGGGUUCAGUGUUGUACAUACAAAAUAGUUAACAACUUGAUUGAAAGAUUCUUUGGAAUUGCUUUGAUGGACCCGUUAUGGCACCUGUGUUUUGCAAAAUACAGACUGAAAAAAUGAAGAGAUAGGUUAAAUAAUAAUGAAGGGUUUUCAAUAAAAAAUAUAUUUAAUAGUAGCUUAUUAUGAGUUUGCUUAUUCAAAAUGUUUCUCUAAACAUUCAAACCUGUUUUGUACUUUACAGCUUUGUUUAAAAUAAAGCUUGUGAAGGAAAAACACAACUGUAAACAUAGUUGCAGGUGCCCGAGAGGUUUCAAAAAUGUAGAUGUUGUGAGACAGGCAUUAAAAGUCUUCUGUAAUCUGUAUUGAUACGUGAAUACUUUUCUGAAGAGUCUACUAGCACACAUCUGCUCUGGAACAUCAAUAAUAGCCUAUUUAAAGUUCAUGUCUGUCUGCUUAAAACUAUUAGAUCUCAUAAACAACAACAGUUAAUACAUGUAGAUAUAUUCUCAUAACUCAUUGAACUAAUAGUGAUUCUGUAAUAAUUCCAUCCAGUAUCUUAAGUAAACAAGUAAAUUACCACGUCAAUUCAUACUACAAUGUACAUCAUUUCAUUAACAUGAAUGUAAGUGAACCGCAGUGUGCAACACUUCAUUUGGUUGCAAACUAAACUCAUGGGCUUAUUCCAUGUAUAGUCUCAGUUUUUAAUGUCUGGUGUUAGAUGAAUAUGGUUAACAGCUGAUUAAAGAUGAAAGAAAGGAUAUGUAUACGUGUCGGAGUGCUCGACUGUAUUCGAAUGUGAGAAUUUCAAUACAAAUACAUAGAGGGACAGUGCUCCCAAAAAUCUACAUUCUGUCAUUAUUUACUCACUCUCAAAUUGUUCCAAGUCUGAAUCAAUUUCUUUGUAAUGUUGAACACAAAAGAAGACAUUUGAAAGAAUGUUAGCAAUUUCAGUUCUGGGACAUCAUUCACUACCAAAAUAAAAAUAUUGCAUAUUUCUUUGUUCUGUUCAACAUAAGAUAAGAUCUUUUGAAGAAUUUAGGAAAGUAAACAGUUCUGGGGUGCCUUUGACUAGGUUGUCAAUGGUGACCCAGAACUGAUUUUUACUAACAUUCUUCCAAAUAUCUUUCUUCAUCAGCACAAAUAAAUGUAUAAGGGUUUGGAAUAAAUUGAGGGUGAGUAAAUGAUGAUAGAAUUUAGAUUUUUGGGUAAACUGCCCCUUUGAACAUGACCGCGUUGACAGUGUUAGCAACAGACUUCUAAAUGGUGUAGAUGGAUUGAGGAAUGUUGUUGUGCAUUGUUCCUUGCCGUUCUCAACAAUUGUUGGGUUUCGUCCUAGAAUGAAGUUCAUGAAAAAUUGUGUGCUGCUGAUAAUUGCUGACAAAGACAAACUGAAAAUAAAGUAUUUUCAUCAA